UCAUUCGCUGUAUUGACACCUUAUAGAAUACAAUUUGUAGCAUGAAAUGGCUCAGGAUUAGUUAUUAAUUGAUCAGUAAACAUCGAGGAGGCUUAGAAAAUAAGAGAAGCUGAUUGGUUGCGAAGAUACAGUUCUGCCAGCAGGUUGUCGAUAGUAGUACAGUCAGCAGUCAAGAGCUUGCUCUCGUACAGUGUAUAUCUACCAGGAUCCAUGUCUCAGUUUAGCGUGUCACUGUGCUUUUACCUCUUUCAUCUCUGUUUGGCUAAAUUCGAGAUGGAAAGUCCCACUAUCGUUCGUGAGCCUCCUAUGCAUGUUAAUUUCUAUAAUACAACCGGCACGAUUAUCCCUUGUGUGACUAAAUCCACUCCUCUUCCGGAAGUGAGGUGGACGAGUAGUGACGGUAUCGCAGUCAAAGACAUACCUGGACUGAGACAUGUGAGAUCUGAUGGUUCACUCGUCUUUCCUCCCUUCCCGGCUGAAAAAUAUAGACAAGAUGUACAUUCCGCAGUUUACAGGUGUGUGGCAUCAAACGUGCUCGGAGUUAUCGGAAGUAGAAACGUCAACGUGAGAGGAGUUAUAUUUCAGACUUACGAAGCCAGGGUGUAUGAUGAAUUUGUAAUCUAUGGAAAUACCGCUGUCAUCAGAUGUCAAGUACCUAGUUACGUUAGGGAUUAUCUCACCGUUAUAUCCUGGAGUCGAGACGAUGGAUUCGUAAUAACGCCUCAACAUAAUUUCGCAAUAGAAACGAAGUUUGUGUUGUUUCCAUCCGGAGAACUUCAUGUUAGGAACGUUGGGCACGAGGACAGUCAUGCUAAGUUUCGAUGUCGAGUGAAAAAUUCUAUCACGGGAAAAAACAUGGAAAGCAUCAACACGGGGAAAUUGGUGGUGACAGGUAAUAUUACUUACGAAGCCAGGGUGUAUGAUGAAUUUGUAAUCUAUGGAAAUACCGCUGUCAUCAGAUGUCAAGUACCUAGUUACGUUAGGGAUUAUCUCACCGUUAUAUCCUGGAGUCGAGACGAUGGAUUCGUAAUAACGCCUCAACAUAAUUUCGCAAUAGAAACGAAGUUUGUGUUGUUUCCAUCCGGAGAACUUCAUGUUAGGAACGUUGGGCACGAGGACAGUCAUGCUAAGUUUCGAUGUCGAGUGAAAAAUUCUAUCACGGGAAAAAACAUGGAAAGCAUCAACACGGGGAAAUUGGUGGUGACAGUUAUAUUUCAGACUUACGAAGCCAGGGUGUAUGAUGAAUUUGUAAUCUAUGGAAAUACCGCUGUCAUCAGAUGUCAAGUACCUAGUUACGUUAGGGAUUAUCUCACCGUUAUAUCCUGGAGUCGAGACGAUGGAUUCGUAAUAACGCCUCAACAUAAUUUCGCAAUAGAAACGAAGUUUGUGUUGUUUCCAUCCGGAGAACUUCAUGUUAGGAACGUUGGGCACGAGGACAGUCAUGCUAAGUUUCGAUGUCGAGUGAAAAAUUCUAUCACGGGAAAAAACAUGGAAAGCAUCAACACGGGGAAAUUGGUGGUGACAGAACCUCAUACGAGCGUUCCACCAAGAAUAACUCAUUCAAGCCGUUAUGUUUAUGUGAAACAAGGGGAUACAGCACUCUUGCCUUGCGCUGCCCAAGGGUACCCUACACCAAGCUAUAAAUGGCAAAAGAGGGACAAGGGACAGCUACUUUAUGUUGCUCUGGAUCGCAGAAUAGAACAAGUUGAUGGGACUUUAAUCGUCAGUCGUGCAGAAAUAUUCGAUUCUGGAAUUUAUAUUUGCACAGCCAGAAACGAUAUGGGCGAAACUAAAUUUGAAUUACAAUUGACUGUAAGAGUUCCGUUAAGGGCAGCAAUUUGGCCUCGACAUCAAAAAGUCAGUUCUGGAACUUCUGUAACAUUUAAUUGUACGACAACGGGUCAUCCAAUAACAAAUAUGGAAUGGAUGAAAAAUCAAAGGCCUGUUGUGUCCAACAGAAGAAUUACUAUCUCUGGGAAUGUAAUACACAUCAAUUCUGUUCAGAGAGAGAAUAUUGGUAUAUAUCAAUGUUAUAUAUACAACGAGGAAGAAUCUGCUCAAGCUUCUACUUAUCUCAGCAUUGCAUCAGAAUCACCACGUAUAAUUUUGAAAUUCGAGGAAGAUACGUAUAAUCCGGGUGAUCAUAUAUCUCUUAGGUGUUCUGCAGCUGGUAAUCCACUUCCGCAAAUCACAUGGUUUACUUAUGGCAUUCCAGUACAGGAUACCGGUAGAUUGCGUGUUGGUGAUUACGUUAGUAGAGAUGGCAUCGUUAUUAGUUACGUGAAUAUAAGUGCUGCAGAAAUUGCCGAUGGAGGUAUCUACGAGUGCAAAGCUACCAAUGAUUAUGGCACAGAUUCUCAUUCUGCUACUGUAUAUAUUAGAGGACCCCCUUACAUUAAACCAAUGAGAAACCGUACGGUGAUAGCUGGUCAAACAUUAAUUCUUCAUUGUCCUAUUUCUGGACACCCAAUCAAGUCGGUGAGAUGGGAGAGAGGGAUAAAACAGCUGCCUCUCGGUAGACGCCAAAAAGUACACUCGAAUGGGACCUUGGUAAUUCACCACGUAGAUGGUAAAGAAGAUGACGGACAAUAUCAAUGUAGAGCAACUAACGAUCAAGGAUUGGCAGCAUCUCGUAAGGUUUACAUUAAAGUAUUAGGCUAUUUUUCCAGCCGGUUUGAAAGUUCCUCAAAUUUCUCUUCUGAAACUUUCUUAACAAAACUAUCGAAGUUGAAAAUAACCAUGUUGGACUUACUUUAUUUUUCAAAAGAAUCGUCAUCAAUCGAGUACCGGACUGUAAUCAGUGGUUCAAGAGUUCAAUCAUUGGUCAAUGGAUCACUAUAUUUUCGAGAAAUUGAACAAGAAGAUGAUGGAAGAUACAUGUGUGAAGCGAGUAACGGUGUAGGAUCUGCACUCAGUACAGUCGUAAAACUUACUGUUAAUGUUCCCGCUUAUUUCAAGCAGAAAUUUCAAGCAUCCGUAAUACAGAAAGGACAAUCUACAGAAUUAAAAUGUGAAGCAUUUGGUGAAAGACCCGUGUCGUUUGUAUGGAUGAAAGAUAGACAACUAAUCGAUUCAUCGACUCCUAGGUAUGAAUACGUUUAAAAUAUUAUCUAUAGAUAAAAAUUCUAAUGU